AUGACCUCUGGCUCAGCAAGUUUGCUGUCGGCAUGGCUUCCUGUUAGACCCAACCCUGCAUUAAGUCUCCUUAAAAUCUUGCCUGCUCAGGAGCAUAUUGCGACCCCCAAUAUAACAGCCAAGAAAGCUUACUUCCCUCUCUCGGAUGCGCUCACUGAGCAGGACGUUCUCUCAUUCCUGCAUCACCACGCCGUGCUUGCACACCUCUUUUGGCCCCCACCGGUGACGGAAGUGGUCGGUCAAAGGCACACCAACCCCACAUCAACGCUGUUUAGCAUUGGGUCAGCUGCCACAAAGGGGACAGCGACCAUAACUACCGCGGCCGACGAAACUGUCUACGAAGAAGAGCUACCAUUAGGUCUCAGAAUGACGGUGGCUUAUAGAGUCAUCGACACCUCAGCCCGCGCUCAUGGCAAUGGAGAUUUUGAAUUCUCGGACCGUCUCAUAUCACUACCCGAGUCACGCCUGUGCUUGGAAGAAGAGCGGUCCGUGGCCGCCCCUUGGCCCCUUUCGUUGCUUGUCAAUCUUAAAGAGGGGCCCAUGCCCAAGACUCUAAACCUAGUUGGGGCUCUGAAUGAACUCGGCCGGAAUGGAAAGGAUGUGGGGUUAACCGUGGCUUCUUUCCCAGCACCCACAGCCGAUCCAGACGACGACGCGUACGAGCUGGAAAAGUACAAGGCAGACUGA